AUGGAGACGCCCUCGGCGAACGAGGAAAAGCCCAAGACCUACGUGGUUUGGAUGGGCGGUCAGAAUGCUCCUGCGGGCACGUUCGAGAUGAUCUAUGAAGCUUGGAAACAUGGACCGGUUGAGUUCCGGAACCAUAAUUUUCAGAACGGAGGUUUCGCCAUUCUGAAGACGACAUCUCUGGCUUGGGCAUGGUAUUACUAUGACCAGCUACAUGUGCAGGGGAUCUACACCGGCAAGCGAAAGGGUCCCUGUGAGGACUGUUUUCUUUUCAAAGUUGCAUAUCAUUUUCAUUGUUUCGUCUGUCAUCGAUUUUUGUGCUCAUACAACGCAUAUCAGGAAGCACGCGGAGCCUUAACGGUGGCACCUCGACCUGGGCAGCCAGAACUCAUGGCUCUACAGGCCUUGCUGCAGCAGGCGACACAGGAGGGUCAGAAGGAUAAGCUUCUCUCCACAGUCGCUGCAGCUCAACCUUCUUCGGAGACACCUGCAGCUGGAAAGCCUGGUGUCAGUGUGCCACCUCCAGGGGAACCAGUUGGUCAAGCUCCACCGGAUCAUGGCGUCACCUUCGAGAAUCCAAUGCAAUCUGUUGGCAAGGAAGACGAUGCUGAAAGCAACUACCUCAUCACAGCUGCACGGGAAGAGGCAGAUGCAGCCAAGGACCGGUAUAUUGUUUCAAGUUUCCUUCCUCAAUCUCAUUGUCUGCACUUUCACAAUUCAGGACCAAGCUGA